GUGAAACUGAAAGUCAAAUGAAUCGCAUUUUUAACUUGAUCAGUAUGCCUAAUUGCCUAUUGAUUGUCUUUAUUCUAUCCUUGUCCUUAGUUAUGAUGUGUUUCCUGUUGAUGAUGUGACAGUCUAGCAGUUGUAAUUUAAUCAGAAAUUCGUUUUUUCUUGUUUACAGUCUUUAGUCACACCGAUAAUCAGACAUAAAAGUAGUCUUUGUCAUCCCGUACCAAAUCUAUUUUUAGAAUUUUGGCCAAGUCAAAGGUCAAUCGGAACUCACCAACUUUUUGGCGGGGAAUUCUGAUCAUCAACAAAGUAACGGGUAGGCCUACUCAUGUCUGCAGAUAUAGUUUUCAACUCAGAAACUAUUUCAGAAACUGAACCAAAAGCUAAAAGAGUUAAAAUGGCUGUAGAUAACGUUGUUUUGAAGUUUGCCAAGUUAACAGCUGAAGCUUUAACACCCACUCGAGGUUCAAAACUUGCAGCAGGCUAUGAUUUGUACAGUGCAUAUGAAGUGAUAGUUCCAGCAAAAGAUAAAGCAGUAGUGAAAACUGAUAUCCAGAUAGCUUUACCAGAUGGUUGCUAUGGUAGAGUGGCUCCUAGGUCAGGUUUGGCUGUGAAGAAUUUUAUUGAUGUUGGAGCUGGAGUUAUAGAUCAAGAUUACAGAGGCAAUGUUGGGGUUGUUUUGUUUAAUUUUUCUGAUAAAGAUUUCAAAGUUGAGAAAGGAAAUAGAAUAGCUCAAUUGCUUUGUGAAAGAAUAUAUAUUCCUGAGCUUCAAGAAGAAAUUUCAUUAGAUAAAACAGAGAGAGGUGAUGGUGGAUAUGGUUCUACAGGUACAAAAUAGUGUUCUUAAUACAAUGCUGAUAAGUGCUAUACCUAGAUGACCUUACUUGAGAUUGCUAUAAGUUUUUUUUCAAAAAAAAGAAAUGGUAAUUAUGUGUAUUUGACAUGAAUAGUAGUGUUUAUUUUUGUUAACAUCUAUGCUAUCUUAUUUUUCACCUUUAAAGGCUUCUGUAAAACUUUAUGAAUAUGAUUUCUUCAGGUUUUCAAUCAUGAAUGUAGAUCUUAUACAAACUUAAAGAAAAAGUCCCUAAAUGUUAAAUCUACGUUCAAUUGUCUAGCUGCAUACGCUAAAAGAAGUAGUCAUCUUAUAGCAUAUUAUCCAUUCAUUAGAGUGAGAUGAGAUUUCAGAAUUCAGUUUUAGUUGACCUUUAAUCAUUGAAUUCCUUGAAUUGUUUGCAGUAUGAAAGUUGUCAACACUUUCAGGAAAGUUUCAUGUAUCAUGUAAAUUAGAAAUCUUGAAUUGUCCUGUCUGAACUGAAUGUGAUCAUGUAUGUUUAUUCAAUCUGAAUCUCUUAAUGCGUUUAAAUUGUCAUAUUCAUACUAUAUAUAUCGUUAUCAUUCUUAUUCAAAUCAUGUUUAAAAUCUAAUUUAUGCCUCCUCAGCCAUCUGGGCUCCUUACUGCAUUUAGUUAAUCCUGUAAAACCACCAUUUGUAUCAUAAUAAAAUAUUGUUAUAUACUAUAAUAUGAACUCUUUAUUUGAAUGCUUUUGCAUAUAAACAGCUAUAAUACUUGACUUUACAUAAAAAUUAUUAACUAUUAAAAAAAAAUUUAAAUAUAAACCC